AUGUGGAGGCGCGCAUAUCUGUUUCUGGUUCUGGUUCGACUUUAUUUUGCUCUCUCGCCGAGCUACCUUCACCCUGAUGAGAACUUUCAAGGCCCGGAGGUGAUAGCCGGCCAGAUCUUCAGUUAUCCAGUCAAACUCACCUGGGAAUUUACCGCCGAUGAUCCAGUGCGAAGCGUAUUUCCAUUAUGGCCUGUCUACGGCCUGCCAAUGCUCCUCCUGAGAUGGUUGUGGAUAGGGAACGGAAAUGAUGGAGAGAUACCGCCGAUUGCAGUGUUCUGGACGUUGAGAGUGUUGAUGUUCGCGUUGAGCUUCGUGCUGGAGGACUGGGCACUGCAUGAAUUGGUUCAGUCACCACGGCAUCGAAGGGUGGCCGUUCUACUCGUCGCGUCCUCCUACGUCACAUGGACAUACCAAACUCAUACCUUUUCGAAUUCUAUAGAGACGCUGGCUCUGGCCUGGUGCUUAGUUCUGAUCCACAGGAUUGUAGAAAAUAAGCAACGGUCGUCUGCCUUUGCAACAGCUAUUCUUGCAUUUGUCGCUGUUUUUGGUAUCUUCAACCGGAUUACAUUUCCGGCUUUUUUGAUAAUUCCUGGACUUCGUUUAAUUCCUCACUUUCGCAAAAGGCCUCUUGCACUUCUUGCAGCGAUAUUUUCUGCCCUUCUUACUGCAUUCAUCGCCAUCUACGUAGAUACCCAGUUUUACAGCGAUCAUUCGGUCACUUGGUCAUACCUCUUCUCCAAUCCGGUCAUUACACCACUCAAUAAUUACAAAUACAACCUUCAAUCAAGUAAUCUUGCGGCUCAUGGCUUACAUCCUUGGUACCAGCAUAUUCUAUUCAACCUGCCACAACUUCUUGGCCCAGCUGCCCUUCUCCUCAUCUUGGGCCCGCAUCCAUCUUUACGACUCUACUCUGCAAUUGCGGGCACUGUCGUCCUCUCCUUCUUCGAACACCAGGAAGCUCGUUUCCUUCUCCCAUCGAUCCCCCUCAUUCUUUCUUCCAUACAAUUACCGAAGAACAAAACUCAUCUGCGUCUUUGGGCUGGUACCUGGAUUCUCUACAACGCCUUCUUUGGCAUUUUAAUGGGUGUAUAUCACCAAGGCGGCAUUGUACCCACUCAGACAUUCUUGAGUAAGCAGCCAGAUGCAACGCAUUCCAUCUGGUGGAAAACGUAUAGUCCUCCCGUAUGGCUUCUGAACGGGAAAAACGAGGUUUUGACGACGCACGAUAUAAUGGGCAUGAAAGGACCACUCAUGCUGAGAGAGCUUGGAGCUCUUGCGACAUGUCACAAGGCUUCUGAGAAUGCAACAGCAUAUCUGGAUGAGAAAGAAGGCACUUACUUGAUUGCUCCUUUAUCAGCAACCUUCCUCGAUCCAUACGUCUCGAGCCAAGAAUCGAUUCUCCACUUCCAAGAAGUCUGGCGAUACAAGCAGCAUCUCAAUCUUGACGAUCUAGACUUCGGCGAUGACGGAUUUUGGAACACCUUGGAGAGGGUUAUAGGCCGACGAGGUCUCGGCGCAUGGAGAGUCACAAAGGAUUGUGUUGGGAAAGCAUAA